GUGCUCUUGUUAUUUCGAGCACAGACUGUUGAUAUUGAACAAAAGCUAUAGCAACAAAUCGGUUAUUAUUUUCAAUAAGGAAUAUUUCUUAUAUUCGAAUGAAUGUUGUGAUCAGCUAGCUCGGCUAGAGGCAGUGAGUCGCGUGUCGCCGACGUCACACAUUUGACAUUGGCAUGGAGCGUGGUAGCAAGCUGACACGAUAGUCGUUGUAGUCAUGGCUCUUCCUCAGCUUUCAAGAUCCCUUACUGGCCUCCUCGUUGGCACAUCGUCCAUAAUCCAGCAGCGGACUUUUGGUGUGUCCCCUGUUGCAGCAGCCAUUCAGAAAAUGACAAGAGUCCGCGUUGUGGACAACAGCUCUCUUGGAAAUACACCAUAUCACCGCGCACCAAGAGUGAUCCAUGUCUACACUAAGAAUGGCGUAGGGAAAGUCGGUGACAGAGUGUUGCUUGCCAUCAAAGGACAGAAGAAGAAAGCUUUAAUCGUUGGACACAAAAUGCCUGGAGAACGCAUGAGUCCACGCUUUGAUUCGAACAAUGUCGUUCUGAUUGAGGAAAAUGGGAAUCCUACCGGAACAAGGAUUAAAGUUCCUAUACCCACACAUCUACGGAAACUGGAGGGAGACUUCUCCAAAGUGUUGGCAAUUGCUAGUUCAUUUGUUUGAUAACUGCAUAUUUCAGCUGUGAUUUUUGAAAUAAAUAAUCUGUGCAUUUCCCCAUCUGCUGUGGGGUAUAUGAGCAUCUUA